UACUCCAUUUCAAUUUUCAUAAGUUGAAAGUUCAUGGAAAUUUAUUGUAGUACAUUGAUCUAUGAUUGUUUUUUGUUUGUAAUUUACAAAUUAGGCUACAUAAUUGUUACAAUAUUUUUACUGUUUUUUGUAAUAUUUUUUCUAAAGUAUUAUCGUAUUGAUUGUUUCUAUUCGAGCAGUCGUUUAUUUCUUAUUAACCAGUGGACAACAUGAAAGUGUCGGUGCCUAGAUACUCGACAUGUUUGGUGUUUCAGAUGUUAUUUAUGUGCUGUGAUUUGUUAUUUAAUUGUUGGAGUCUCUUUCCUAAGAGUCGUGGUGGACUUCUUCUGUUGUUCUUUUUUCAGGAUUUGUGCCUUGUGUUGGCAAUAACAUCAAUUUUGAUACCAUUAUUCUCUACAUAUCUUUUUCAAGCUGGGUUAAUGGAAGUUUUGAUUCGCAAAUUCAGAGUGGCCGGAAUUGUGAUUCUAGCAUAUUUUUUGCUAUCCAUUGCUUUGCAGUCUGCAUGGAUCAUUGAAAAGUGGGAUGAUACGGAAUCUGUCUCAACACCCCUUGUUAUGGUUUUAUUUACACUUCAAAGAUGCAUGGCACCCGGCUAUUACUUCUUUUAUAAGCGUGCUUCACUCAUGGUAAGCGACCCACGCUUCUAUGAGGACGUCGACUGGUUCAACCAGAACAGGACUGAAAAGUAGACUCAAAAAACACGCCACAAAGUAACGCUAACGAUGAAACAUGAUGUAAUCAUAUUAACAUUUAUCAAUUACUUUAAUACUAUAACUUAGCUGUAGAGGCUGCUCUCGUGCCAGGUGUUAAGAAAAACUUAAGACUGUUUACAAUAUUAGGCUCCAAAUAUGUAAAAGAAUGUCAUUUGUAAGGAAUCUUGAUAAGAUAUUUACUUUUAGGUAGUAGUCAUAUAAUAUAAUCAUAGAAUCUAAGUAGUAGUACUGAACCCAUCUGUAUCUCUAGGUCUACAUUGAUCUCAUUAGUAUUAAUCAAAUCCUUUUUAAGGAAUAUGAUUGAAAAUUUUAAUUCUAGUCUCGUAAGCUGAUCUCAAUGCUGUAUUAUUACUGUGUGAAUAAAUGUGUGUUAAUGAUA